UCCAGUUAAUCAGAUUGAUUUACGGAUUGAGUUCCGUAGUGAGCCUUGGAAGUUGGAAGUUGGAAGUUGGAAGUGGGAAUGACCAUGAAUUGCUAUUUGAUAGUCCCUAUGCAGCGUGGUUAAGAGAAAAGAGAGAAGAGAAGCGAAGCGAAGCGAAGAGAAGAGAGAGACGAGUACAGCUGUACAGAUAAGAGAGAAUAAAAGCAGAGCAGCUGAGACUCGAAGAAUGAAGAAUGAAAAGUCCCCAAUGUACCGCAGAGGCCGUGGUUGGUCUCCCAGUACGCCAUUGCCAUCCAAUCCUUCCCAACCGGCAAGGGUUGCUGCAUGUGGCGCCAGCGAGCAGGAGGGAAGAAAAACAUGCUCUUCAGUGGAUGAUGAUAAGAAUAUGAAGAUGCCUCAGCCUCACUCACAUGAUCCUUUCGAUAUUUGCCCCCGCCCCUCUCCUGCAGCAACUGUUGUUUUGAAACCAUCACUGCUGGUAACUAACCGAGAAAGACGCAAACAAGGAGGAGGUCCUUCUCCUCCUCAAGUGGUAAGGCCCGGCAUGAUCCUUUUGAAGUCCUAUAUCUCACUGUCCGAUCAGGUGAGUAUAGUCAAGAUAUGCAGGGAGUUAGGGAUGGGCUCUGGAGGGUUCUACCAGCCUGGCUAUGGAGAUGUGGAUGGGGAAGGGACUAAGCUCCAUUUAAAAAUGAUGUGCCUCGGCAGACACUGGGACCCACUCUCCAGUCAGUACACAGACUACCGCCCUUCCGAUGGAGAUAAACCUCCCCAAAUUCCCCCCGACUUCCAUCGCUUGGUUCGUGACGCAAUCGCCCAAGCCCAAGCCCAGACACUUCCUCCCAUCACACCCGACAUUUGCAUUGUGAAUUUUUACUCCCAAAGCGGCCGCCUCGGUCUUCACCAGGUAGGUCAGGACAAGGAUGAAAGCCAAGAGAGUCUCCGACAAGGCCUGCCAGUGGUAUCCUUCUCAAUUGGAGACUCUGCAGACUUUCUGUAUGGCGACAGCAGGGACGUGGACAAGGCACAAAAGCUUGAGCUCCAUUCAGGGGAUGUUUUAAUUUUUGGUGGCAAGUCUAGAAAUGUAUUUCAUGGCGUCUCUGCUAUUCAUCAAAAUACUGCCCCCAACCCCUUGCUUCAACAAACUAAUCUACGCCCCGGUCGAUUGAAUCUUACUUUUAGACAGUUUUAGCAUUACAUACAUGUGCCUGUCCCUACGAGUUACCAAACAAGAAGUACUUGCUAUAUGUCAAUGUAUAUCGAAUGGGUGGAAAUGCGGUUCUAACGCGGUGUUACAUGCUAAACUAAUAUAAACUAACUACUCUUCUAGUUUCUCAUCAUCCAAAGGUGGUCUAUUUAUUUCCCGUUUUAAUUCUGUAUUCUCUAUCUACUAUCGUACUUGUGUUACUUCCGUUAUUUUCCUUUCUCAAAAGAAGCUAAGCUAAUAUCCCGCAGUUGAGAGAUUGA